AAAUCAGAAAGGAAUAGUGAAGCGUUGCAGAGGGUUUGUUUUAUAAACUGCCUUCCUUGGAGAUCUAGAAAAGAAGACACGGCAAAUCUGGGGUAACGUUCUAACGGAACCAUGAAGGCCUGCGUUGUCGUGCUUUUGGCCGUCGCCGCCGUUGCGAUUGGCAAGCCCACUCCUGACUUGAAGGGACAGUUGGCCAAAUUGGUCUCGCAGCAAGCGAAAUGGUCCAAGAUUCUUGGAGGUUCAGCUGGCUACAUCAUGCAAACUACUAUUGGCAACCACUUCUUGCCAAAAGACGAGUCUUCAUCUCAACAGUUGUGCUCACUGCCCAGCAAGAUUGUUGAUGCAACCUCAGCCGAAAUUUCCCAGAAGAAAGCGAAGCAACUUCUCGGCGAAGACAAAGCAUCUCUGCCACCUCAAUUCCAGGGUAAGAGAAAGCACCUUCUUGGCGAAGACAGAGCAUCUCUGCCACCUCAAUUCCAGGAACCGAGAAAGCCGCAUCUGUUGGGAGAGGACAAGGCUUCUCGUCCACUAUCGGCCAGAGCUCCCAAGAGAAAGCAUCUUCUUGGCGAAGACAGAGCAUCUCUGCCACCGCAAUUCCAGGGACCAAGGAAGCAGCAUUUGCUCGGACAGGAUGAGGCUUCUCGUCCACGACCACUUUCUGGACGCAAACAGAGGAAUCGUCGCUCAUUGAAUCCUGCUGAGGUCUUCGGCGCUGACCAGGCCUCUUUGCCACCAAUGGCCAUCGGAAUGAGUCUGCCCAACAGCAUGUCCGACAUCUUCGCUCUUCUCCGCCGGGUUCUGACCAAAGGACUGUGCUCGUUGAAGGUCGUGUACCACAAGAAGCUCGGCCACCCAACACACGUCACUAUGACCGGCUGCAAGUUUUUGCCACGAUCAAUGAAGGCAAUUUCCAUCCCCAAGAUCGUUAUCGUUCGCCAGGCUAGCAAGGUGGGCGAGGUGUGCGCUGCGCCCGUGGCCAUCAAUCACACUGCUCGUCCCAUUGCACACCACUUUGCCAUGCUUGCCCGCCUGACCAAGGCCAACCUCACUGCUCGUGGCACCCCGAAGCUGCCCAUCGGCUUCUUCGGAGUGGGACCCGUCAUGUUCCCCAACACGGGUAAGAAGAUCGCUGCUGGUGCCAAGCUCAUUCGCCCCAAGAAGCCACAGGCUGCCGUCCCAGAGAAGGUAGCAACGGCCGUGAAGUCCAUCUUCAACUCUUUCCAGCCAGGCCCCGUCGUUCUGCCAAAGGCUGCGUCGAAGAAGGCCAUGGAUGCCCGUGGCCUGCUGAAGAAGAUCGGUGCAAUCCACGCCGUCUUCGCCGCUGCCCGCAAGCCUGGCAAGAAGAUGGUCUCCCCACGGAAGCCAAUGGCUGAUCUCAGCCGAGGAAGAAUGACUGGCGUGAACCCAGCAGUGUUCACAGAUGUCAGUGCCCAACCCGCUGACAAGCCCCAGCACAACAUGGAGCACCACGGCAUGGAGCAGCACAACAAGGAGCACCACGGUGAGGACCAGCACCACGGUGAGGACCAGCACCACGGCGAACACCGCCAUGGUGAACACCAUCACGGAGAGGAGCACCACGGCGAACAGCACCAGGACCAACAGGGCAAGACCAGCCGCUUCAUCGCCUACUGGCGCACUAAGGACCAGCAGUUCCGUCACUUCAUCAUCAAGCACCCAUGGGCAUUGCCCACCGCCUUUGCUGGCCUCGGCGUUCUCGUCUCUGCCGUCAUUCUGCUUGCUCUUCAGGUCAGGAACAGACGCCGUCGCAAUGCUGCUCUCGCCCAAGAAAGGCACGCUCUCAUGGACGAGGACAAGAAAGUGCUGAUUGACGAGAAGCCAGUGUCCUUCUACGUCAAUGAGAUCUGUGCCUGAACUGCAGCACGCGUUCACGUUCAGCCUGAUCUGCCGUCGCCGCGGACUACACGUGAACUGAUCUGAUCAUGCUGUGGGUGCGUGUGUGUGUGUGUGUGUGUGUGUGUGUGUAUAACAUUGAUGUCAUGUGUUUGUGCGCAUUGCUGCACCGUGUUGCUGCGCACAUCCCAUGCAUUACAGUCGGUGUGCUUAUUGUCUUGAAUGCCCACGCGGUCAUGCGAGAGGCACCUUGUUAACUACGGACAACAGAAUUAUCUAGAUCUUGAGGACUGUUGAUUUUAUGUUUCCCGAUAUUAUAGUCUCUCUCUCUCCCUCUCUCUCUCUCUUUGUUCAAUGUUCUGUUUAGCAGACUAUUUGUAGCUGUGUUGGAUUGCACUAACAGCUGUGCACCAGUGUGUUCGUUUGGCUCCUGCUCCACGCAGAGUCCGUUCACAAAGAAGUCCAGUAUGACCAUA